AAUGUUUACAAGGCAGGCUUUAUUGGCCAGUUGCUGUACGCCUGGCCUCAGCAUCCGUGUGGAUUAAGGAGCAGGCCCUUUAAAUGUAUUUAUCAUGAGUUAAAUCUGAUACGACGAGCUUUCGUGCCUUUGAGUUAUAAUUUUCCCUUCUGUUUUCAUGUUUUAUGUCUGACUCUGGUUCCUUGUGUGCUAAGCCCUGUAACUAUUAACGGGCAGUUCUAAGGGGAUUCCAUUAUACUGCUUUUGAAGAAUAUGGGGUUUGAGCCUGAGGCAAUCUGCUGUUGAAACCCUUAAAAGCUUAGAGCUUCCUGAAAGGGGAGAUGGAGGGGAGAACCCCAACUACUUCUCUCAAAACCUGCAGUCUUUGAAAUAGCAAGCAUCAGGUGUUGGAAUGAACAGAUGGCAACAGUGAGAUAAUUCAGAGUUUUAGAUGAACCUGAGGACAUACCUCACUUUCAAUGAGCACCACUCUAGAAUGGAACAACAAAAGGAAUAACUUGCACCAUUCUGAACAAGCCUUCCCCCUGAAUUUAUCAUCUGGCUCCUGUGUUCAUCAUCUGAGGCUCUUCUCCAUGUAACCUCCUCCAAAUGAGCUUUUCCAAGAUUUUUGCAAGCAGUAUUUUAGAAGCCUUGGAUUACACAGAACCAAUCUGUCUGAGGAACAGUCACAUCUACUGCUUUGUAUUUUUUACCGUAGCUUUUGGCUUCUGCUAGGUGAAAUUGCUGAUCUUCCAACAGCUUACAAAAAUAAGGAAUCCAGUUAGCUCUGGAAACAAUGCCAAAUCGCUGCUCUGGAACCUUAAUUGUGUCCCUUCAGUUUCAGGAUCCCGACUCCAGUUCCAGAGGUGACGUGGGAUUCUGGGCUGAAGGAAAUGAAUGAGACCUGGAAAGGAGCAAUUGCCUGCCUUGGGGUAGCUGUGUUCUUUGUGAUGACCAUUGGGAUUAUCUACUGGCAAGUGGUGGAUCAGCCAAACAAAAAUUGGAUCCUGAAAGGGAACGCCAGUGGUCUUAUUUGGGAAAGAAAAGCUCAUUCCCUCAUCCUGCAGACUCUGAGUGAGGACAAAACUUUCCUGGAGAUUCACAUGGGAAGACUCUCAGAUGUGGAGGUACCUUUAAUGAAGAAUCUGUGUUGGAUAAACAAGACGGAAUUCUGUUACACCUGGGAAGCCACCGCACAUUUGAAUAUCUCCUUGGAGUCCAGCCUUUCUUCCAACACGGAGUGCUACAGCAUCGGUUGGACGCCUCUGCACUGCCAGGUUAAGAUCAAGGACUGCUUUUCCAUGGUAAAUAUUUCCUGGUAUGGAGGAGCAAGUGUCAGCAGCCAGCAUUGGCCUCUGAACAAUGUGAGCAUCAAGUCCCAGCCAUUCAUUAUCAGCAACCUCGCCAAAACCCCAGCUGCUUAUGGCUCUGUCUUAGAAAGAUAUUUUUUGGGAUCAACUGGAGUGACAGUGAUGAUUGCCUCAGACAUACCCAUCUUCCUCUCAGUAGAGAGGAACAAACAUUUUUGCCUUGAGAGUACCCUUGGCGUCAACAUGGCAUCCCUGCAGUACACAGUGUGUGUCAGUCAAAACAUCACGUCUGCCCAUCAGGAAGUGGGAAGCCAGCUUUCAGGACAUCAGCGGAAGCUGCCAGAUACUGACAUACUAAGGUUGCCUGUCUGGAGCUAUUACAGAGCAGCAGAUUCUGCUGCCAAGGUGGAGCGAGGAUUAAGAUAUUUCUUCAACAGACUGCAAAGGCAUCACCUCGGGGAGGGGCUAAUCGCUCUCAGUGAACUUUCCACAGUGCUACUUGGUAAUACGGAACACACGUUUUUACCUGUGCUGAGACGAAAAGGGUUGCAUAGGCUUGCCAUGGACUCCUCACUUACAAAACAUCUAAAGCUUUCCAUAACUGUGUCCCCUUUUGCAAGCAUCAACUCCCAACUUUUUCAGAUGUCUCUACAAGAAGGCAAAGAAGACUUUUGGCUGAGCCGCCACUCUGAAUCUGGUGACUACUCGGUGCCGCUGCUCACCAGAUGGAAAGGGCAGUUUUCUGCUCAGCUAAAUGUGACCAGCUGGGCUGCAGUGCUCUGGUACAUGGACCAAGUGAGCCUCUUGAGGCAGCGACUGGGAGCAGAGUAUUUGGUUUUCGAAAGUGGCGAAGGCAAUUGGUUUAUGGAGCAAGCAAUCCCACCUCCCACAGAACUUGGAGGGGAUAAGUACAUUCACAUUUUAGCCUCAAUGGCAGCUGCAUUGGGAAACACGUCAAUAAUUAGCGCCGGCACGAGAGCCAGCCACCUGCCACUCUUUCUCCAAAUGAACCCCCGCCAGUCCGACUGGAGCUACGCUGGCUUGAAAGGGAUUAUUCCAUCGGUGCUUCAUUACAGUCUUCUUGGUUAUAACUUUUUUAUUCCGGAUGCAAUAGGAGGAAGUCUUGCAAAUGAAUUUCUGAUCGAUGAAGAGCUAUAUAUUAGAUGGCUGCAGAUUGUGACUUUCCUUCCUGUGAUGUCUUUCCGUACUCCACCGUGGGUCUGUUGUGAUGACUGGGUGCUGAAUCUCACCAGGCACUAUGUUCAGACACAUCAGAGUUUUGUGGUGCCUCUUGUUGAAAAAUACAGCAAGGAGUGGCUCUCUGUAGGAUACCCUAUUUUUCGACCUGUAUGGUGGCUCAGCCCCACUGAGUCCAUUACCUUUACAAUUGAUGAUGAAUUUCUCAUAGGAGAUGAGGUCCUUGUUGCCCCAAUAACAGAACAAGGGCAACGUCAAAGAGAUAUUUUCCUGCCCAGAGAAGGUCAGAAGUGGAAGGACAUCAACACGGCCCAGGUGUUUGAUGGAGGGACCUUCAUCAGGAACUAUUCAGUCUCUCUCAUGGAUGUGCCUGUUUUCGUUAAGACUUUCUAGAUUCCAAAUCUGACUCAGAUCUCAGAAGGUUUCCCUGUAUCUCGGAGAAGGAUUGCCAACAAGAGCAUCCAUGUUGACAAGGAAGUUCUCUCUUUUUCUGAAAAGAGUUUCCAGUCCACUGCAACGUUUCCAGGAUCUGUAUAUUGAAAGAACUAUUAAAUGUGUGCAUUUAAAAUA